CCUCAGCCUCCCGAGUGCUGGAAUUACAGACAUGUGCCACCAUGCCUGGCUCCAGCAUGAAUGUUAGAGAGGACAAACAAGUGAGCAUGGGUGUGUGUGGGUAUCAAUUCUACAAGAAAACACAACCAACUUUGUGCAGUAGCUGCCUUUGGAAAGAGAUACAGAAGAAGGAAAAGAGCCAGGAUCUUUGUGUGGCAGAGACUGGUCCUAGACUACUGUGUAGCCCAGCAUGGCCUCAAACUCAAGGGGAUCCUCCUGCCUCAGCCUCCUGAGUGCUGGGAUUACAGGAUCAGUUAUAAUGAGAAUGGUCAUGCAAUGACCAGCUCAGUCUCUUGGUUUUACCCGUGAAGGACUGGCGAACCUCUGCAGAGUGCUGCGAGCUUGUUCUCUACUUGGUCAAUUACUGCAGAAACAGAAGAACAGACUACUUAGUGAAGAAUGCUGUCUGAAGGGUACCUCAGUGGACUGGCCUACUGGAAUGACAUCCACUGGAACUGUGCAACUUACAAUGAGCAGGUGACUGAAGAAAAGGAGGAGGAGACAAGUUCUGUUGCUGCUCUUUCGUAUUCCUCUGUGGAUGAAACACAAGUCAGAAGUCUUUAUGUGAGCUGCAAGUCCUCUGGCAAGUUCAUUUCUCCAGUGCAUUCCAGAGAGAGCCAACGGGGCAUAAGCCAGAGAGUCACAGUGCUUCAGACAAAUCCAAAUCCUGCGUUUGAAAGACCAAACUUGGCUGCAGUUGAAAUAUACAGGGACCCUAGCAGAGAAACCUAUUUAGUUCCACCUUCCUGCAAAAGUAUUUGCAAGAAUUAUAAUGACUUGCAAAUUGCAGGAGGCCAGGUGAUGGCCAUUAACUCUGUGACAACAGAUUUUCCCUCUGAGAGCAGUUUUGAAUAUGGUCCUUUGCUGAAGUCAUCUGAGAUUCCUUUGUCCAUGGAAGAUUCCCUUUCCACUCAGUCCAUCGACUUCCCCCAAAAGCCUGUUCAGCGGCAUUCAUCGUACUGGAGAAUAACCAGUAUCAAAGAGAAAAGCAGCCUGCAAAUGCAGAAGCCUAUUUCAAAUGCGGUGCUGAAUGAGUACCUGGAGCAGAAGGUGGUGGAAUUAUAUAAGCAGUACAUUAUGGACAACAUGUUUCACGACAGUUCUCCUACCCAGAUCCUGGCAUCUGAACUCAUCAUGACAAAUGUGGACCAAAUUAGUCUUCACGUGUCCAGAGAGAAGAACCUGGAGACUUCAAAAGCCAGGGAUAUAGUCAUUGGCCGCCUGUUACAGUUAGUGUCCACUGAGAUCAGCACUCCUAGUCUCCAUAUUUCUCAGUAUAGCAAUGUGAAUCAGUAGAGAUGAUUCAUGGAUCCAUGCUUCCAUUCCCCUCAGUUACUCAAAUCCAAAGGAACACUGUGUUCAUUCAUUCUGAGAAUGUGCAGGAGCGGGUUGUGAAAGGGAGUCAUGAGCUAGAGAAGCAAAGGUUGGUUGGAAGUGAGGUGUAAGUGAAGGAGAAAUCUCAUAAUACUACCCAUGAUGAAGAACUAUGGGAAAAGGAGCCAAAAGGAAUGAUUUCAAAGAGAAAUUUGUACAAUAAUGAAGUACAAAUAAAAAUGGUCAGAAAAGAAAAGGGAAUAUAAAAAUUGGUUUACAGUUUUUUUUGAU